AUGGAAGCCUGCAAAACACCGACCUCCUCGGCCGCCUGCGAUGACACCGAAAAAUGCAGCCAGAGUUCAAGCGACUCCUUUGCGAAGGUGGAAAGUGGCAAGUUGGAGUUUGCCUUCGGCGACCCCAGAAACUGCGGCAUCACCCUGCACUACUUUACCCAGGGCUUCGUAGUCGGGGGAAUCGAUUCCAUCCUUGUGAACGUGUUGGCGGGCUACCUCAACGUACCCAGCAACAUCCAGCAAGGUGCGGUGAACAUGGCCAACCUCCCCUGCGCCUUCGCAGUGCUACUGGGCAUCCUCAGCGAUGCAAGGCCAAUAUUUGGCUACCGGCGUCGGCCUUAUAUGGCUGGAGGUUGGUUGCUCUCAGCUGCUUGCUUCGCCUACAUGGUGUGGCUUGGCUUGCCGGCGCCCUACUACUGCUUCGCGGAGGGCCAGUACUUGCGGAACCAGACGCCCUGCAAUCCUGAUGCCGCCGAUUUCUACGUGUGGCCCAUCGUUUGCCUGUGCCUUUCACAACUUGGCAUGACCGCCGCCACGGCGUCGGCGCAAGGGCUCUUGGUGGAGUACGCAAAGGCAGAGCCGGAGAAAACACGCGGGCGCACACAGGCUUUGCUGCAGAUGGUCGGGACUGCUGGAAGUUUCUGUGCUGUGGUGCUGGUAGCGUUCGGCUUCAAUGGCCAGAUGUUCACAGGCAGCUUCAGUCAGAGACACCAGCUGAGCUACCCAGAGUUCCUGGCCAUCUUUGCCGUGCUCCAGUGCAUUGCUGGCCUUUCGUGCAUCUUCUGCGUUCGUGAGCAUUCCGGCGCACGAGCCUCCGUUCGGGAGUACGCCCGAUCUUCCUUCCAUCUCUUGGAAAACAAGGCCUUCUCUGCCGUGGCCCUCUACUUCUUUGCCAACAGCAGUCUCUUCAACAUCGCCACGAGUGCCGGCUUGUGGGUGAGCUUAGAAUGGGCCAAGGUCGAGAACAUGCAGCGGCAGCUAAGCAGCUUGUUCGGUAUGCUGCUCACCCUCCUCGGCUGCUGGCUCACCCAGCGGUGCCUCUUGGGAGUCAGCUGGCGGAAGAUUCUCUUCGGCGCGUGCAUCUUCACCAAUGUCCUCGACAUGUUCCCGCAGUUCAUGACCAUCUUCGACAUCGUCCGGGAUCAGUACUUCUAUCUUGGGGAGCCUCUCACACGGAACGUGCCGAUAGCCAUGUCCAACCUCGUCACCCAGUUUUUGGUCAAUGAGCUUGCGGACGAGAAGAACUGCGCGCUCGUGGUGGGCCUCCUGACCACGAUUGGAGCCGUGGGCCAACCCUUGUCGGUGCUGCUGUCGAACCAGCUCUUCUCGUUGUUUACCCCCGACCUCUUCUUGAGGGAGAACUAUGUGAAGGACACGCCGGCAUUCCGAUGGACGGUGGCUUCGUCUUUCCUGCUGAGCUACUCCGUCUCUUUCCUUGGCAUGGCGAUGCUCCCGCUGCUUCCAUCGCAGAAGCUGGGGCCGCGAAAGCUUUCACUGUAA